UAUAAAUAGUUAAAACUAUUUCAACAGCAGCAGCAAAACCCAACAGCAGCUCCAGUCGAUUGAGCAGGUCAAAUCCAGAUCGCAGAGCAAGUGAAGCAAUCUUCAAGUUACAAGAAAGAUGCAAGGAGUCAAGGUGAUUUGCCUGCUGUUUGCCGUCGUGAGCCUGGCCAGCUGUCGUUCGCUGACUCGCCGGGAUGUCAGCCACCUGCCGCUGGAGUACCUGCCUCCAGUGCAGCUGCCACCGCUGCCCAGUCGCGAUUACCUGCCGCCAGUGGAGCAGCAUGCCGCCACCCUGAACCAUGUCCUGCACCCGCCCCGCGAUUACCUGCCUCCGCUGCCGCUGAACAACGAGUACUUGCCACCUGUGGUGGAGCAGGAGGAGGUGCAGGAGGUGCCCACCACAACCGAGCAAAUAAUUCCAGAAGAAACCACCACAGCGGAGCCAACCACCGAGGCAGUUAUCAUCACCACCGAACAGCCGCAAGAAGUGGAGAUAAUCACCGAACCGCAAGAAGAGGUGGAAGUGAAAGCCGUGGAGGAGGAGCCCGAAAAGGAGGUCGAGUCCGCAGUGCUCCUGGACGAUGGAUACCACUAUCGAACUCCCGCAGUGGUUCCGGAUCUGCUGCCCGUGAAGGAGUAUCUGCCGCCCUUGGACGGCAAUGCCGUCGUGGAGGAGCUGCCCAAUGGCGAGGAGGACUCGUCGGCCCUCCUGGAGGAUGGCUACCACUAUCGCUCCGUGAAGCGACUCCGUUUCUAGUCCCUAACAUUCACUUCAUUCCACUACGAAUUUCUGUUUCUGUUCUGUGCGACAAUUGUUGUUUAAUUUUACAAAAUACAUAGACAAAUACUUUUCCGA